AUCGGGGCCUCCAGAACUACAGACCCCAGCAGGCCUCGCGCCGGCCUUGCGCAUGUCUGGGGUGCACGGCCCUCUGGGAUUUGUAGUUCGCCGCUGCUAGGCUGGGGUUCUACUAGGCCCGGCCGGGAGGCGGGCGCUGCGGGGCGGGCUCUGGAGCGCGCUAGCGGCCAGCGUACGUGCCGUUCCGGGGCCGUGAGCCCUCCCUCCGUUCCCGAAGAAGCUAGGCACAUUUUGGAGAACGGAGGAGCCUACAGGUUUCCUCUUCCCCUCGCUAUAAAGCCGCCCGCAGAACAGGGAAGAGCGCGUAGUCCAAGUGACCUCAAGCCCGAGCCGGGCCCCAGGGGUCCGGGUUCCAAACCGGGAUGGGGAGUGUUAAGGAAGAGACGAACCCAGCAGUCUUGGGGUGAGCAGGAGCUCUGUGGGCCCCCAGCCCCGACCCAGGACUCCAAAGAGGUGCAGGGGGUGUGGCUGCGCUGGGGCCUGGACUGGCCAUCUCAGGGCCGCACUAGCCCCUCAGAGCACAGGACGCCCUCCCCAAGGACAUGAAGCUGUUGGAGAACUCGAGCUUCGAGGCCAUCAACUCACAGCUGACUGUGGAGACUGGAGAUGCUCACAUCAUUGGCAGGAUCGAGAGCUACUCCUGUAAGAUGGCAGGAGAUGACAAGCACAUGUUCAAGCAGUUCUGCCAGGAAGGCCAGCCACACGUGCUGGAGGCCCUGUCCCCACCGCAGACCUCGGGCCUCAGCCCCAGCAGACUGAGCAAGAGCCAAGGCGGCGAGGAUGAGGGCCCCCUGAGCGACACGUGCAGCCGCAAGACGCUCUUCUACCUGAUCGCCACGCUCAACGAGUCCUUCCGCCCCGACUACGACUUCAGCACGGCCCGGAGCCACGAGUUCAGCCGGGAGCCCAGUCUCAGCUGGGUGGUGAAUGCGGUCAACUGCAGUCUGUUCUCGGCUGUGCGGGAGGACUUCAAGGCCCUGAAGCCGCAGCUGUGGAAUGCAGUGGACGAGGAGAUCUGCCUGGCCGAGUGUGACAUCUACAGCUACAACCCGGACUUGGACUCGGACCCCUUUGGGGAAGAUGGCAGCCUCUGGUCCUUUAACUACUUCUUCUACAACAAGCGGCUUAAGCGGAUUGUUUUCUUCAGCUGUCGCUCCAUCAGUGGAUCCACGUACACACCCUCGGAGGCAGGCAAUGAGUUGGACAUGGAGCUGGGGGAGGAGGAGGAGGAACUCAGAGAUGGAGGCAAUGAGGGCGGAUCCGAGGAGACCGGCCCCAUGGAGGACAGAGUCCCGGUGAUCUGUAUGUGAGGAGGAGAAGCAGAGGCCCAGCUUCAUCCAGCGUCAACCAGUGCCUGGACUUGCCCACCUGAGGGGCCCUGGGCCUCCCCAGCUGCUGGCCAGACCCUGGCACGGCUCCAGCUCCAGCUGCCCACCUAGCCCUUUGGUUCCAGCCUACGGACGGCCACUCACCCCCACAGGCUCUGCUGCCCACAUUGUGGCUGGACUGGACAGACACGGGGCCUGGUGGGCACAGCCACUGCCGUGCCCAAACGAACUGCCUGAGGCAGGGACCGCUGGACCACAGAGUUUAUUUUUGUAUUUUGUACCCUGGGCCUGCACACUCCAGCCCGAAGGGCCUGAGACCCAGCAAGCAGGCCUGACAGUCGUCCUCCCUGGCGUGGGCCGCUCUCGGUGCCCACCUGUACCCCCACCUCGCCCACUGGGCAGCGUGCACUGAGUGUCACUUUGCUGCAGCUUGUUUGUUUCCAAUAAAAGUUUAUGUGACUUAU